AAGUUGGAGGUGUAAGACGAAAAUGUAGCAAAAGUUUAGGGGGUCAUGUGUAUUAUCCCAAAGAAAAAAUAUUGUACAAUUAUUAAGCAUCAUGUGAUAAUUAAUUCUCAAAAAUCUCCCAAGUGUAAACGCUCCCCAAAAUUUGAAUUCAGACAGCGCCAAACUAUCUUCUUACACACACACACACAGAGUGACACAAACCAAGAAAAUACUCUGUCCUAAAAUUCAAACAUUAAUCUCUCCAGAAAAGAAAAAAAAACCCAAAAUUUACACCAACAAUGUCUUCAAUGAAACCAUCAUCUCGCUAUGCUAAAACAUCAUUUGAUUCUUCAAGAUCUUCAACUAAAUCUGACCCUUCUUCAUCUACAGACUUAACACCAAAAACCAAUAACAGUGCUCUAAUCAAAAUCAAGAAUGGUUCAAAUGGUGUUACUCAAACUACCCAUCAAUCAAAUUUCAGCUCAAUGGUCAAGAAAUUUGUUGAACACAAAUCCAACUCUUCUAAAUUAAUGACAAAACAGAAAAAAGGUGAUUUGAAAUUGGUUAUUCCAGUGGAUUUUAUAGCUGAAGAUUUAAAGAAAACGGCGAAAAGGGGUAGUGGAUUGAGUUCUUUACAUAAGAAGUUGUUUAAAGGUUCUUCUGGUAGUGUGAAAAAAGAAGAAGGAAGCGCGAAAAAGGCGUUGACCGAGGUUAAAGCGAAUACGAGGACAUUAGGAAUGGUACUUAGAAGUGAAAGGGAGCUGUUAAGUAUGAAUAAGGAGCAAGAAGAUCAGAUUAUUGAGCUUAAGUUGAUGCUCGAGGAGAAAAACCGAGAGGUUGAGAAGCUCAAGGAUCUGUGCUUAAAGCAAAGGGAAGAGAUAAAGUCACUGAAAAGUUCGAUACUGUUCCCCGAUGUUAUGAAUUAUCAAGUUCAGGAUCUUUUGGAAAAGCAGGGUUCAGAACUCAAACAGGCAAAGCAGAUUAUACCAAAUCUUCAAAGGCAGGUCACUUCUCUUACAGGGCAACUCCAAUGCCUAGCUGAAGAUCUCGCUGAGGUCAAAGCAGACAAAUAUGCUCUAAGAGGGAGCUAUGAUUCUCUUGAUAGCCCUCCAGGAUAUGAUCAAGAAGAAGCAGCUAAUUCUCUGGAAUUCAGCUCUGAGGAUCAUACAAUUCCCGGCAGUCCAGAUGACAUGUUUCUCAAGGAUGUAAACCCCUGCUUAACACCUUAUUAUGCCAAGACAAAGUCCAAGGAAUUUGAGGACUUCAAUUCUCCUGAUGCUAAAGAUUUGGUAAAAAACAAUAUGCACAUGCAUCAUGAGGCCAGCUACAAUUCUUGUGCAAGGAAGUUGUCUAAAAGCUCAGAUUGCCGCCAAUGUUCCAACACAGGCAACAAAGCAACUCGUGUAGCUCGCAGAUCUGAUGAAAGAAAAUGCACAUACGAAAAGCAGGUUCACAGCAAGUUCUACUGAGUUGUCCUCAAUCCUGAAGAUUCUUGGUGAAUGCAUCGUGUCAAUUUCCGUCCCCUUCUCUCCUCGACAUAUUUCAGUAAAUCAAUCUGCUUGAGCUGCCAGCUCUGCACUCUUAGUCAUAGACCAAGUACCUGUUCAGCAUAUAUUUUGUUGGCAUCUUAUAAGAUAUGCUGGCCUAUUUCCAAUAGUCCAUCGAACCCGAUUAGUCAUGGUUAUGUUUUUCAAACUCUUGCAAUGAACUGCAUGAUUUGAUAAUAAGAUGAUGAGAUCAUGUGAUGCA